AUGGCUGUUCCACAAGAAGUGUUUAAAAAGAUCAUAAUCAGAGAUACACCAAAAUUCGCUGACGAUAUCCAUGCGAGUGUUAACGACUGGAUACGUGUUGUGAAUUUAAGCGUUAGUGAUCUGGAAUUACAUGAUCCUCAACAAGAACCUAAAGGGGCACCACAAUAUUUAGCUGGAGAAGCACUCAAAUGGUAUUUAUCACAACAACUACGACCCAACACAUGGAAUGAUUUGAAUUACGAAAUAAUUUUACAAUACCUUCAGAAGAUAUAA